AUGACUGAGUACAUGCGCGGCGGCUCCCUCUCCCAGUUCCUCACGGCAUACAACCAGGGGGUGAUACCUCUGCGCGUGCGUGCUGAGCUGGCGCUGCACGCUGUGAACGGCCUGGCGUACCUGCACGAGAUGCAUGUGGUGCACUUUGACCUCAAGCCCGACAACCUGCUGCUGGAUGGGCCGCUCAUCCUGGGCGGCUACGCCGGCGCGCACCCCGUGCCCAUGCUCAAGGUGGCCGACUUUGGCCUGUCCAAGCACAAGUGGAGCAACUACGUCUCCGGCGUCAAGGACCUCAGGGGCACGCUGCCGUACAUGGCGCCAGAGCUGGUGUCGGACCCGGACCACGUGAGCGAGAAGGCCGACGUGUGGAGUUUAGGAAUGGUGCUCUGGGAGAUGCUCACGCUGCAAGCGCCCUUCCAAUCCCUCGCACCCCAGCAGAUCAUCGCCGGGCUGAUGGUGGGCAACAUGGCGCCGGAGGUGCCACACUGGUGCGAGCCGGAGUGGCGCGGCCUCAUGGAGGCCUGCUGGGAGGUCAACCCCUCCUCGCGCCCAUCCUUCCGCACCCUCGCCGGCCAGCUCGAGAAAAUCAUCGAUGCCGCUCCCGCCAUCUGA